AUGGUGGAGACGCUGAGUAUCGCAGUCAUCGGUGCUCCCGGAGUGGGGAAAACUUCUAUAAUCCGCCAGUUCAUCUAUAACGAUUUCUCGGAGGUGUACACGCCGACCAGGACCCGAUAUGUGUACAGACCCUCCGUCAUCCUGAACGGCAUCAUGUAUGAGCUGAAGAUUUUGGACGUCCCGCCAAUCUCCUCCUUCCCCUCCAGCUCCAGUCAGGAGUGGCUGGAUUUGCGCUGCAGAGGUGUCCGCAAUGCCAACGCCUACAUCCUGGUGUAUGACAUCUGCUGCGUGGAGAGCUUUGAAUACGUCAAGAUGAUCAGACAGCAAAUAGUGGAACACAGAGAAGGCAGCAGCAGUGAGGUGCCAAUCCUGGUGGUGGGCAACAAGAGGGAUCUACAGCGGCAGCGAUUCAUGCCUCGCAGGGCGGUGUCGGUCCUGGUGAAGAAGACCUGGAAGUGUGGUUAUGUGGAGUGCUCUGCCAAGUUUAACUGGCACGUCGUCCUGCUCUUCAAAGAGCUGCUGGGCAUCGCCGUGGCACGGGGCAUGCGCCAGAACCACACCUCCAUCCGUCUGCAGGGGGCGCUACAGAGGAAUCGCUGCACCAUCAUGUGACCCAGAGAGCUCUCUCCACCCCUCUCACCUCAGUAGUGGAGCGGCAGUGGAGAAUAAAAUAACUUUAUCUAAAUGGCUGGAAAAAAUACCCUGUGGCCUCCUGCUUUACUGAGCUGAUUUUUCACAAUGAGGUUUAUUAGUCUCUUGCGCUGUAAAAGACACUCACAUUUCACACAUGGUCAUCCAACCACUUCCUAGUCAGUGUAAAUGCAAGGAAAGAGGUAGGAGAGAAAGCAGUGGAAACCAAUACAACUAGCAUAGCACAGUAAUUCUUUGUCACAUCAACUUACUCAUUUGAAGCUGCGCUUCCCAAAUUAUUCUUGAGGGUUGCCUCGUGGCUGUAGCUGGGCCUGUUUGUAAGGCUCAAACCGGAGAGGCAGCAAUAUCAUUGAGUCUUCCUUUGGAAUUUGUAAUAUUCAGUAAGGUCAACAACAGACGCUAAUAUCUGAUUUAUUUGAAUUUUCUUCGUGGGUUAGUGGGAAGAUGAUAAGAAUAAUCCGGGGCAAAAAAAUAGUUAAUGCUCCACUUCUGGGGGGGAUUAUCCCACAGUGUCCACUCAUGAUUAGAUGGUGUUUAAUUUUAGAUUCUGAAAAGUAGCCUGCAUUUAUUUUUCUUUCCAUGUCCCCGUUUCAAACUUGGCCUACGGUGAAAGCUGUUUGUUCAGGCAAAAGGGUUUUUAAGGUUGUCUUGCAGCAGAAAAUGCUGCAGUCCCUAUUGUGUUGUACAGUGGGGCUUUAAUCCUUUCCCUCCCCUCACUCGGUGUCUGUUUCUGAUGAAUACAUUAAAUCCAGGGAACUGGCGACCUGCAGGAGGCUGCAGAGCCUGAAAAUAGAACCUGUGCAUGCAAUGUGGAUGUUUAUUUGUGUCUGCGUGUAAGAGAGAGAG